UAAUCAAUUCCCAAUUUUAAUUCCCCAUGUUAAAUCAAUUGGGAAAAUGGAAUUCAAAUUCGUUACUAAUUCCUCUUCAAUUAAAUUAUUCCAGCACACUCUCUUUCAGCAGUCCAUCACUACUCCAUUACAAUACUAUUUCUCCAUUAAUAAUCUCCGCCGCGAACUCUCUGCAAAUACGAAAAGCUUCUGAAACGACGACGUUUCGUGCAAGAAGGAGAGUGAUAUACGAAGAAGAAGAAGAAGAAGAAGAUUAUGGUUAUAAUGAAGAGAUAGCGGUUUUGGAAUCUUAUAGCCAGUUGAUGAAAGAUGAGAUUCUGUUGGUUCAGGCUAUGGUGGAUCAAGAACUAGUUCAAGUUCUCAUCUUCAAGGGAUUUUCAUCUUGCCUGAGUUCAAGGACAUAUUCAGAUCUUUCUAGAAGUGUUCUUCCAACAAGGGCAGUCAUCAAAAGCAUAGACAGAGCAAAAGGUCCAUUUGAUCCCUCCAACAUUCAAUACAUUGAGAAGGGACUCACUUUUCAUGUUUUUAAGACUCGCCUCAACCUCCCUAAUUGAGAAAUAAUCAAAUUCGAAUUAUGUCGCUAACGAUCACUGUGUCGAGUUUGUCAUACAUCGUUAGCUUAGUAUGACUUCCGUCUCUUUUCUGGUUUACAAGCAAUUAUACGAGAGUUUAGGUUUACUCAAUGCACUUUUUUACUUUCUCUAACGAGCUAUUAAGUGAUUUUCUGUUAAUAAGUUAUUUAUGUUUA